AUGCCUUCCAGACAACUGAGCAGCUUGCGACCCCGAGAGCUCAGUCAUCAAUGCGCCAUACUUCAGGCGCAAGCUCUCAAGCUACCUCUCAUAUCUAUCGCAUCUGCGCGACGGUCACUAUGUACGUUGCCGGCGAAUCCACGUGAAGCUAUCUUAAACCACCGACCUCAGAAUGCGACCCUCCCACGGCGAACACCCGCAUCGGUCUUCGGUUUGAAUACACAGAGCUACAGAUCAGCAUCCGGCUUCUUACCCCGACUUGCGCAAAAGCUCCUACCGGUCGUAAAGCGUCCCGGUGGAGCGGCCGAGACCUAUGUCGCGUAUGGUUUGACCCAGAAAUUGUUCGAGGCGUGUUCCAAGGAGGGCGAUUACACGAUCCCACAGCUAAACGAGAAAGGCGCCCAGGUCCCUAAGACGGAAGCCGGAGAGGAUCUGGGUGUUGGUGAGGGAUGGUGGUAUGAAGAGUUGGGCCUUGUUCCGACUUUCUCGACAUGGUCUCAGAUUACCUUCCUCCAUAUGUAUCUUUUGACGGUUCGGCUGCGGGCGUUGCCUAACCGCGAGAGUAUGCAGACAUACUCACGCCAUUUGAUUGAUCACUUCUCGCAUGAUGCCGAGCAUCGCAUGGAUGUUCUUCACGGGCUGACCAGUCGCUCCAUUAGGAACAAGUUUCUGAAGGAUCUUUUUAUCCAGUGGCGCGGUGUGCUUGCUGCGUACGACGAGGGUCUUAUCAAGGGCGAUGCUGUUCUAGGUGCUGCUGUGUGGAGAAACUUGUUCAAGGCCAGCUAUAUUACUUCUGGUGGGGAAGAGAUUAACUGGUCGAAGGUCGCUCGUGUUGUCGCCUAUAUGCGCCGGGUACUCUCGGAGCUAUCAGAGCUGCACGAGGUUGAUCUUAUUCUAGGGUUGAAGUCACCUGAGGGCGACAGGUCCGGAAUAUUCUCUCCAUCUAAAUCAGAUAUGAUUCUGGUAGAGGGGAAGCCACUCCCAUCUCCGAAGCGGAGCAGAUAG